UGCAGGAUAUCUAGAUUUAUUAAUCAAGUCAAGCCCUCCUUUUGUUAUUUAACCUCCAGAGACCAGUAUGGUCCUUUCUCUUCUUUAUUUAGGUAUGGAAGAAACAGAAGUCAUGCCUCUCAUGAAUAUUCGCUGCUAUCGUCAUUGUAGUAAUGUUGUGGACAGGUUGGAUUGACCCCUAGGUUUGGAAUUUUUCUACCCCAGGGCCUGGUUUGACUUGUAGUUUUGAAGUCUUGAUCAGCUUAUCUGCAAGUUGCCUUUGCCACAGAGAAACAGAUUCAUGUACAGAGAGAAUGAUAAUGCACCCUAAAUCCAUUUGCUAAUUUACAGUAAGAAAUAUCAUAAACAUAUCUUCAUAAUAACACUAAUGCAUUACUUUGCUUUAUAGUUCCUAAUCUUUGAAUUCAUUAGCUAAUUUUGGAACUUAACGACUUAAUCACUUAACGACUUUUGAACAGAAUGAUCUCAUUUGUUUAUUUUGUUUUGUUUUGUUUUUUGUUUUUAAACGAAGGGGAAAUCUUUUUUAAAAAAUUAAUUAAUUAAUUUUUGACUGCAUUGGGUCUUCGUUGCUGCGUGCUGGCUUUCUCUAGUUCCGGUGAGUGGGGUCUACUCUUCGUUGGGGUGCGUGGGCUUCUCAUUGCGGUGGCUUCUCUUGUUGCAGAGCAAGGGCUGUAGGCGCGCGGGCUUCAGUAGUUGUGGCUCACAGGCUCUAGAGUGCAGGCUCAGUAGUUGUGGUUUAGUUGGCUAAGUUGUGGCUUAGCACAUGGGCUUAGUUGCUCUGCGGUAUGCGGGAUCUUCCCGGACCAGGGGCUCGAACCCGUGUCCCCUGAAUUGGCAGGCGGAUUCUUAACCACUGCGCCACCUGAAAAGUCCCGAUCUCAUUUAUUUCUAAACUGCUUAUUUUCUCUAUUUAUUAGGUGGAAAAUAUCAAAAAGUGCAAAGUAGAACAGGAGACCAUAUCUUAGUUGUCAAAAAUAACACGCUGUUAACAAUUCUUCACAUUUCCUUCCUUUUCUAUGCCUAUGUAUAUAAUUGAGAUCAUAUUGUACAUGCCAUUUAAAUGUCAAAGUUUUCUUUUUUUUCUGGUUAAGAUGGCAAUCUAUGACUUUUGUAAAAACUUUCGAAGUGUAGAAAACAGAUAAAAGCUCAAAUCAUAAAAUGAAAACCACAUACAGUUUAUUACUGUAGUUAACCAUCGUUAACAUCUUGAUGUAUUUCCUUCCAGUGUUUUACUCCUUUUAAUUUAAUUAAAAAAAAAAAAAAACUUAGUCGGGAUCACUCCAAAGCAGGAAUGUUUGGAGAGACUGCCUCUGGCUGGGCUGGGAAUCAGGCAGCCUCCAUUCUCGAGUCUAGCGAACUGGAAGCUGCAGAUCAGCACUCUUCUUCCUGGACAGGGGUAGCAAGAGUGAAUAUUUUCCUUUAAAGCUCACUUGUUUCCGUAUUCUAAGCUGAUUUGUACAUUCUUCUCUUUUCCCCCCAGCAUCUUCAAAGCCACCGACACCUAUCCCAUGCUUCAACAAGUUAUCCUUGACGGCUUCUGGAAGCCCAUUCACUUCUGCUUAACGAAAGACUCCUGCCCCCAUUUCACCUUCUCCUGCGGUGACUGAGGAGGUGGUAGGAGGCCGCUAGUUCGGAGCUUCAAAGGGACCUGCAAACCUGAACAGCGGAGUCGGAGCCCUAGCCCCUCCGCAGGGUCAGGAGCGCCCGGGGGCUCCACUAGGAGGCUCCGGGUCUCUCUAUGGAAGGGUUACGACCCGGGAAUGCCUUCGUGCCUUUGUCCCCGCUCCAGGGAAGUGUAGCUCGCAGAGAGCUACAUGAGCCCAGCCUCAUCGCUCCCGAGGUUAUCAUCAGAGCGCACUUCCACGUGGCUCUGAAUCCUCACAUCCCGCUGCUCUCGGGAGGUCUUUUCUCGUCGCGAGGUUUUUAGGCCCGAUGCUCGCUCUCAGCCUCUCGGGAGAUUCCGGCAGGCCUCUGUCCCAGAAAACCAAGGGUCCGAGCUCUCUGCCUCGCUUUGCGAACCAGGAGAAGUGCGUCCCUUCUCGCUUGCCUUAUGCCGGGCGAGGCGGGGACCGCACUACCGUGCCGCCAGCCGGAGGGGGGACGCUCACGUGCUUCCCUCUUUUUUCCAGCCGGUAGCAGUGAAUCCCGCGAAACCACCGUUCAGCCUACCAGGCUUGGCGCUGUGGAGUUACUUCUUCCACACGGACGAGGUGAAGACCAUCGUCAAGUCCAGCCGGGACGCCGUGAAGAUGGUGAAGGGCAAGGUGGCCGAGAUCAUGCAGAACGACCGACUGGGAGGGCUCGAUGUGCUGGAGGCCGAGUUUUCCAAGACCUGGGAGUUCAAGAGCCACAAUGUGGCCGUGUAUUCCAUCCAGGGCCGCAGAGACCACAUGGAGGACCGCUUUGAAGUUCUUACGGACCUAGCCAAUAAGACGCACCCGUCCAUCUUCGGGAUCUUCGACGGGCACGGGGGCGAGACGGCGGCUGAAUAUGUAAAAUCUCGACUCCCAGAGGCCCUUAAACAGCAUCUUCAAGACUACGAGAAAGACAAAGAAAAUAGUGUAUUGUCUUACCAGACCAUCCUCGAACAGCAGAUUCUAUCAAUUGACCGCGAAAUGCUAGAAAAAUUGACUGUAUCCUAUGAUGAAGCAGGCACAACGUGUUUGAUUGCUCUGUUGUCAGAUAAAGACCUCACUGUGGCCAAUGUGGGUGACUCGCGUGGGGUCCUGUGUGACAAGGACGGGAAUGCCAUUCCUUUGUCUCAUGAUCACAAGCCGUACCAGCUGAAGGAAAGGAAGAGGAUAAAGAGAGCCGGUGGUUUCAUCAGUUUCAAUGGCUCCUGGAGGGUCCAGGGAAUCCUGGCCAUGUCUCGAUCCCUGGGGGAUUAUCCGCUGAAAAAUCUCAACGUGGUCAUCCCAGACCCAGAUAUCCUGACCUUUGACCUGGACAAGCUCCAGCCCGAGUUCAUGAUCUUGGCAUCAGAUGGCCUCUGGGAUGCUUUCAGCAACGAAGAAGCUGUUCGAUUCAUCAAGGACCGCUUGGACGAACCUCAUUUUGGGGCCAAGAGCAUAGUUUUACAGUCAUUUUACAGAGGCUGCCCUGACAACAUAACAGUCAUGGUGGUGAAGUUCAGGAAUAGCAGCAAAACAGAAGAGCAGUGAACCCUCUGGGGUUUCAGCUGCCUUAGACUAAAGGACUUUCAACACACUGGUCUCUUUUAAUGUAGUGAAAGGUGUGGGAGUUACAGUUAGGAUCAUCCAUCCCAGACAUGGGGUGCCCCAUUCCCGGCCGUCUUAAGUCUAUGUGCCGUGAUGAACAGAGGGUGCUCUUGGCCAAUGUAGUUGAGAGGCUGGAAAAUGGUUUCUUCGUGUUUUCCCAACUCUUUCAACCAAUGUUCAAAAUAUAUAAAUAUAUAGCUGUAGAAUCACAUGUAUGAAGUGAAUGGCAUAUGUGCCAUAUAUUCUCCUUUUACGAUUGUUUUCAGGAUCCCUUACAGGGCCCUCCAGGCAUCAGACUUUGUGUCCUCUCAUUGGAGCAGUGAGUCAGGGCCGCUGUGGCCACACCCUAUGCUAAGGGGCAGAGCUGUCCUGAGAAUGCUUUGUCCUCCUGAGCCCAGGUUUUCUGCUCUGCAGCAGCCCUGCAGAAACAGAUUUGGAAAUGGUUUAUUAUUCUGUGGCUGCUCUUGGAGGCUGAGGUACGUGGGGAAGAUGAGAGCCGCCUGCCCGGCAGAAGUAAACUUCUUCCCUCGCUUUCUUUAUUAGUUAAAUAGACUUUGUGUACCACCUGA